CCAUUGCCACCUUGCCUGGGUAACUGGGCUUUGUAUGGAGCUGGAAGGUUGGGUUUUUUUAAGGAGGGAAGCAGAAAAGAACAGCUCAAGAUUCUUGGCUCAGCCUGGGCAUAUUUCCUCCUCUCUCUGGCUAAGCCUUGGCGCGAACGGCUGGACGGAGUAGUUGAUGUGAACUGGGGAGGGAGGCUGUGGGGCUCUCCACUAGGACUACAGCACAGCUUGGAGAAGCUGAAACCAUGCUUUGCCUCUGGGCACUGGCCUUUAUUUUAGUCCUGCAGGAGCAAGAUCUUUUAGCUGUUGCAGACCCUGUCAGUAUGCUACCUGGAAGUCUGGGAAGAGAAAGCUGGUGCCGUGAACAUGAUACAAUCCAUGGACGCUUGGAUGUUAUUGAAGAGAAGGUAAUAAAAACAGUGGAGCAUCUAGAAUCAGAAGUCAAAUCACUCCUCAACAUCAUCAGUGAGACACCGAACAUCCCCAUUGCUCCAGGAACCCCACUUAUAGACAUUUAUGAUGAUGCCAGUUGAGCACCGUGAAGACAGAAGACAGCUAGAUGUCACUGGUUGCCAAACAGUUGCACUUUUGUUCACUUAGUAAACCUGGGUUUCCAGAACUUGAGCAGGGAUGAAAACUCCUCAGCUGUAGCUUGCCUUCUGUGCUCCUGUGCUUUAUAAUAAACAGGUAUUUGCUUUUA